AUGAGGAGGGAGUGGUGGGGCCGCGGCCAAGCAGGAAGACGCUGCAAUAAGAAACAUUUCUGCUCCGGCCCCUUUCCCAGUCCCGGCGGGAGCCGCCAGCCAGCAGCGCCGAGCGCGCCCUCCCGGCCCCCGCGCCCAGACCCCGCCCGCCCGCCGCCGGGGCUCCCGGGCCGCCGCUCCCGCUCCCGCACCCGCACCCCAGCGCCCGCCGCCCGGGGCCACAGGACCAUGAGCUUGGACCUCCCCAGGAGAUGCCUUCUGAUGCUGCUGAUGGCUCUGAACCUGACCCAGGGCGACCCUGUGAGGGCCUCUCGGGGGCCGCUGCUGACCUGCACGUGUAAGGGCCCACGAUGCCAGGGGUCUACCUGCCGGGGGACCUGGUGCACCGUCGUGCUGGUGCGGGAGGAGGGCAGGCACCUCCAGGAGCACCGGGGCUGCGGGAGCAUGCACCCCGAGCUCUGCUGGGCGCGUGCCACCGAUGUCGUCAACCACUACUGCUGCUACAGCUCCCUCUGCAACCACAACGUGUCCCUGGAGCUGGAGGCCCUCCCCACCCCGGAGCAGCCGCCAGUAGAGAGCCAGCUGGCUCUGAUCCUGGGCCCUGCGCUGGGCUUUCUGGUCCUGGUGGUCUCGUGUGCCCUGGGCCUGUGGCAUAUCCGGAGGCUGAAGAAGAAGCAUCAGCACCUGCACAGCGAGCUGGGCGACUCCAGACUCAUCCUGAAGGCAUCCGAGCAGGGGGACAGCAUGCUGGGGGACUUCCUGGACAGUGACUGCACCACAGGCAGCGGCUCGGGGCUCCCCUUCCUGGUGCAGAGGACGGUGGCCCGGCAGGUGGCCCUGGUGGAGUGUGUGGGAAAGGGCCGCUAUGGCGAGGUGUGGCGAGGCCUGUGGCACGGUGAGAGUGUGGCGGUCAAGAUAUUCUCCUCGAGGGACGAGCAGUCCUGGUUCCGGGAGACUGAGAUCUACAACACAGUGCUGCUCAGACACGACAACAUCCUGGGCUUCAUAGCCUCAGACAUGACCUCCCGCAACUCGAGCACGCAGCUGUGGCUCAUCACGCACUACCACGAGCACGGCUCGCUCUACGACUUCCUGCAGCGGCAGACGCUGGAGCCGCGCCUGGCGCUCAGGCUGGCCGUGUCGGCGGCCUGCGGCCUGGCGCACCUGCACGUGGAGAUCUUCGGCACGCAGGGCAAGCCGGCCAUCGCCCACCGCGACCUCAAGAGCCGCAACGUGCUGGUCAAGAGCAACCUGCAGUGCUGCAUCGCGGACCUGGGCCUGGCUGUGAUGCACUCGCAGGGCAGUGACUACCUGGACAUCGGCAACAACCCGCGCGUGGGCACCAAGCGGUACAUGGCCCCCGAGGUGCUGGACGAGCAGAUCCGCACCGACUGCUUCGAGUCCUACAAGUGGACGGACAUCUGGGCCUUCGGCCUGGUGCUGUGGGAGAUCACCCGCCGGACCAUCGUCAACGGCAUUGUGGAGGACUAUAAGCCACCCUUCUAUGACGUGGUGCCCAACGAUCCCAGCUUUGAGGACAUGAAGAAGGUGGUGUGUGUGGACCAGCAGACCCCCACCAUCCACAACAGGCUGGCUGCAGACCCGGUCCUCUCGGGGGUGGUCCAGAUGAUCCGGGAGUGCUGGUAUCCCAACCCCUCCGCCCGCCUCACUGCGCUGCGCAUCAAGAAGACACUGCAGAAACUCUGCAACAGCUUCGAGAAGCCCAAAGUGAUUGACUAG